UAGGUCCCAUCCAAAGUUCAGAUACACCGGCUGUCCGAUAGCGCCCCUCUAGACCUUCCCUGUUUACAGGGAUGACGUCACGCCUUUACCGACACGUGUGGAAUAAUAGCUCGUGAGGAAGUGAAACAGGAAUCGUCAAUCACACGUGGAACUAUUGAUAAUAUCAUGGCUGAGACUUACACGAUUCUGUUUUCCUGUACCCUGUGUAUGCUGCUUAGCUUGGCGACUUCGGGAUACCCCGGGUGUUAUCCUCAGGAUAUAAACACAAUUAAUUGUACUUCCGGUAAUAUUACGUCAUUUCCGUCCAGAGAGGAUAUCCCAUACGAUGUAAGAGAUAUAGAUUUAUCCGGUAACCAGCUGGUCCACAUCCCACAUAUUAACAUUUCCAAACCAACAGCACUGGAGAGACUAAAUCUAUCCCGGAACCACAUCACGUCCGUCAGUCAGAACGCCUUUAAAGACCUCACAAGUCUGGACACAUUGGACCUCUCCUUCAACCUUCUACGGGGAUCAGCUCUCAUUGACAUGCAGUACCGCCUCGUCAUGAGUGAGUUCCAUAGUCUGCGCGUGCUGAUCCUGAGGGGGAAUCCUCUCGGGAUGAUCGAGCGUCUUACAUUCCGGGAUUUCGGAUAUUAUCGACUUGAAGAGUUAGACUUGUCCUACUGUGCCAUAUCUACCCUAAAACAUCUCGCUCUCGAGAAUCUGUCGAGACUUCGUGUGCUUGAUCUUAGUCACAAUAGCCUUGCGACCUUUGACACUGCUGCGUUUGCCGGGGUCACGCAUCUUCAUAGUCUCGAUCUGAGUUACAACAAGCUUACAGAAAUUGACGAUAUGCACCUGACACUGUCGUCAAGACUACGUUUUAUUAAUCUGGACAACAAUAGGAUCACGGCCAUAGCAGAUAAUGCGUUCUCGGGGGUGACAGGUUUAGAACGCCUCGGUCUGAGGAACAACCGGCUACACCGGAUCACAAAGUUGUCUCUACCAACAGACAUGCGCAGAGCGCCGGAACUCAACAACAACCCUUGGUCGUGUGAUUGUCACAUGAAGUGGGUCACUUCCGACUCUUACAUCCAGAGUCUCAACGCUUCCAUCGCGUGUAACUAUCCAUCAAGACUCCGAGGGAUGGAGAUCUUCGAUAUCGAUGACGCAGACUUGGCGUGUCCGAUGUCCAUGUUAAGCGUUUUAAUGACCCUACUGAUAACGCUCGCCAUCAUCAUCGUUUUCGGAGGUUUAUUCAUGUUGCUCUACCACAAGCGUGCGAAUUUGACAUUUUGUAAAAGGUCAGAGGUAAAAGGUCAAUACGUCGCAGUGUAUUCACAUGACAGAGACCAUGCAACCGUGACCUUUGACAUGGAACCGACGUUUGACAAAUCAGAUCUUGAGAAACAAGCUGAUUCGGAAGUGUAUGCCUAACUGAUAUACUAACUCUGGUUAAUUAAGAAAAUGUGAAAUUUGAAAUUGCUGCAACAGCAGAGAAAGAUUUCACGAGGAACUCGAUAUAAAGAUGACUUAGUAUUUUUUGUAGUAUUUAUUUACAUUGUGUUGUCCAUACCUGUGGUGAAGGUAUACAGUAUCAUUACGUGUGUAAUAUCAUCAAACCUCUGGUCUCCAAUACAUUUCCAGCACAUUGUGUGUGGACGAGCAGAACUAGAAUAUCAUGUCUCAGCUGGAACAGAGAAAAACUUCCAUUUUUUAAAUCGUGGACAUGUUAACUUCAUCUUCAAACUUGACCUGAUUCUAUUAAUUUUGUCAACGUGAUCUUUUUUUUUUUUUUUUACAAAUUUGCCAGGUUUACUACAGAAAUGUAGAAAUAAAUUGUCGCUCAAUACAGAUGUUUAUAGUGUUUAUCAGAGUUUUGUUUACAGGAACGAACUCGUCAAUAACACACAUGUAAGAACAAGACAAACAACAAAUGUAUUGAGGCCACACUGAAGGAGAAGGCAUGUUUCUAUCAAGAAAUAGGGAACCAUAAUCAUCUCUUCUCAGUUGUAGGCAGUCUCUGUUGGGUUCGUUGUAAAUAAAGAUUAACGUUGAAGAGUC